CUUGCUCGGUAACCUCCAAAAACAUGGUUCUGAGUCGCCUGACGAUCCUCUUAAUCCUCACCGUCCUCGCAAAGAUCUCAUGCGCCUCGUCGGCCUCCUCCUCCUCCGGCUCCAUCCACGAUCUCCUCCGUAGCCAUGGCCUACCCGGCGGCCUCCUCCCUAAGUCGGUAGAUUCCUUCGUCAUGGAUCCGGCCACUGGUUUAUUGGAAGCCACGCUCGACAGCCCUUGCUAUGCUAAGUACGACGGCCUUGUUUACUUUGAUCGCGUCGUUCGGGGGAACCUCAGCUUUGGUGAGCUGAGAGGCGUCGUUGGGCUCUCUCAGGAGGAGCUCUUCCUAUGGUUGCCGGUGAAGGAGAUUAGGGUUUCGGAUCCGGGAUCUGGGGUUAUUCUCUUUGAUAUCGGUAUGGCUCACAAGCAGCUGUCGAUGUCGUUGUUUGAGGAGCCUCCGGAUUGCCGGCCGGACGGGACUUUGAUUUUAGGGGGCGGUCAAGGCGUUCUGAGCAGCAAAGAGAAAGCAUCUCAGUACUAGGUGUGCAAAAGUUUACAACCCAAAUGUAAUAGCUCUUCAUCAUUGUAAUUGGCCUUCUUAGAUGCAUUAUUAUAUAUCAAUCAACCAAACAUUUCAACUCA